AGAGGGAAAAGUCAGAGCGCUAUGCUAGAAAAAUGCGGGGCUCGUCCUAAAACCUGACGUCAGCAGGACGAGCUUUAAUAACAUCUCCAGUCCCAGUCCGAGACAGUGGUCCUCGCGGAGGAGAGGACAACUACAAGAAGCAGAAUGCCUGAGACUUGUGCAGCGCAAAAUAUUUUGGUUUUAGAAAAGGAGUAAUUCUGGCUUCAAUGAAUUUAAAAUUCCUAACCAGUGAUGAGCUGGCUCCUGGUGUGGAUUCUUAUAGCAGCUGGGAUUCAAAAGGUUAAAGAAGGGAAGCUACAUGAAGACAACAAACUGUUAAUGUCAUGAUCAGUUGUUGUUGUGAUCCGUGUGGGUUUCAUUACCUUGAGAAUCACCCAUAAAACCAAUUGCCUACUCCCAGACCCAGAAUUCCACUGCCAUGCUGCCCCUAACAGAACCCACAGACCUGGAGCCAUACAACCGGACCCAGUACUGCCACUGGCCCUGUGAGUGCCCCCAGGUCCUCCCCCCCUGCCCCGCAGGAGUGAGCCUGCUCAUGGACGGCUGUGACUGCUGCAAGGCCUGCGCCAGGCAGGUGGGGGAGGAGUGCAACGAGGCAGACACCUGUGACUACCAUAAGGGACUGUACUGCGACUACAGCUCAGACAAGCCGAGGUACGAAAAAGGAGUGUGUGCAUAUAUGGUUGGCACAGGCUGCGAGCAUGAUGGUGUGAUCUACCGGAAUGGGCAGAGCUUCAAGCCCAGCUGUAAAUACCAGUGUCUGUGUGUGAACGGGGCCAUCGGGUGCGUGACCCUGUGUACGGACUCCCAGCCCCCCCGGGUGUGGUGCCAGAACCCGAGGAGGGUCAAGAUCCCCGGACGCUGCUGUGAACAGUGGAUCUGUGAUGAGCCCAAGAAGGGGAGGAAGACUGCUCCAAGACAUGCAGUGGAGGCUCUUCCUGCUGAGGCUCAGGGCCGGAGUAGGAACUGUGUGAUCCAGACCACCUCCUGGAGUAUCUGUUCUAAGACGUGUGGUCGAGGUCUGUCACUGCGCGUCUCCAACGCCAACGAGAGGUGUGAGAUGGUGAAAGAGUCCCGCCUCUGCAACAUACGGCCCUGUGGGGUGGACAUCACCAAGCACAUCAAGCCAGGGAAGAAGUGUCUGAACAUCUACAGAGAAGAACAGCCAAAAAACUUCACAAUCUCGGGCUGUGUCAGUAAGCAGCCUUACUGGCCUAAAUACUGUGGGGUGUGCAUGGCCACAGACGAUCGCUGCUGCAUUCCCUACAAGUCCAAGACCAUCGACGUGGAGUUUGUGUGUUCCAACGGGGCAGUGUUCACAUGGCAGGUCAUGUGGAUCAACGCCUGCUUCUGUAACCUCAGCUGCAGGAACCCCAACAACAUCUUCGCCGAGCUGGAGAAUUACUAUGGUUACCCUGAGAUCGUGAACUGAGACAUUUCAAUAAUUAGCCGUAAGCUUAAUAAGGGCUCUAUUCAGUCUGGAUCGCUGAAGCGUUACAGAUUGCACGAUAUAAAUGUAAAGGUAAUUUUUGAUUGACCCAACAUAUGCAGUGUUAACCGUGAAUGCAGACUUCGCUAACACGAGAACAUUGUCUUUAAAUUUCAAUCACACCGUAACACUGAACUUAGGUGAUACGGAGUAGAGCCCUAAACUUCCAUCUACCUACAUUUUGAUCUUCUUUUCCCUUCCUCAAACGUUUUGUUUUGUCAGAACUUCAGAUUUUUGUUGUUUGUAUACAUAAAGGCAAGUAUUCAAUCCGAGGCGCGUUAUAGUGCAGAGCACCAGACAGUCCGCCGUUUGAAGGCAUUUUCCCGGUGUCCGGGGAGAUGGCAUUCAUGGUAAAUGCUCUGAUUGUCAGCUCAAGCCUAAAUUACCUUCAGUCUGUUAUAGUGUGCUGCGCUAUAUCUUGCAUUGGAUUGAGUCCAUUGGACAUAGUAUUUUUCUUAUAAGGGGAUAUUUAAACUUGAGGAUUUUUUUCAGCAUAGCUUUACGGUCUGUAUAGGGUUGCUUUGGGAAUGAGUGUGAAAUAUUUUAGUUUUAAUUUAUUCAAUACUAAAUGAUUGAAAAAAAUGUUGCCAUACAGGUAUUUCUUUGAAAGUCACAGUGACAAGUUUCACGAAAUCUCGUCCACACUCAUGUAAAGAUUGGUUUGAUCACGUGGCUCUGAAUUGAAUAAUGAGUAAGAGACGGCGUGAGAUGCUACUAUAGAAUGCAUGUACUAUAUAUAGUUAAAUAGCCGUCUGUGGAAGUGUGGUGUCAUUCUUACAAGGUCACAUUCUACUUAUGAUCAUUGCAGUAAUCACAACACCAGGACAAAAAGUUAUAGGUUUUUAUUUAUUAAAUAAAUACAAAACUGUUAUGCCAUAUUUAAUGCUUCUCAUCUACAGCAUUAGGCAGUUGUGCAUCUUUACAAAGCGAUGUAGGCCUGUAUUCUACAAAGCCGGCAAGUGUUGCUGUAGUGCAAGUAAGAGUGGGAGGGUUUUUGAUACGUCCUACAGAUAACUAUCCUCAUAUUACAUUAUGUGGAUCUAUCAGCUUGAUUCUCUCAAAUCCAUCACAAGAAAAUAACUUUAAUAAAUCAGAGAAGGUUUCCAUGGCACAUCUUUGUUCUGCCAUGCUUGAUUGCAUAGAGAACAUUUACAUACACAAAAAAAAUAUCCAAAAUAAAAACUUUUGCCUGAAGCCAUGAUCUGUUAAUAAAGCAAUAGGAUGCAAAGCUG